AUGGUCGCCCGAACAUCAAGCGGAAGAGGAGCAAGAAACAGCAGCGGUAGCGCAGGUGUUAUUAGCAGCGGAAGACUCGUUAGCACCAGCAGCAAGGAUCGCAACCAUGGCAAACCACAACCGCAGCCUUUGUCUACGGUAGUCAACAACAGCAGCAACACCAAUUCUGGAGCAGAAUCAGCGACGAGCUUUAGCCAUUAUCCCAAGAUUGAUAAUGCUAUCUUGACUAUGAAAUCGGCUCUUGGACGAUUCACACGUGCCAAUGAUCGCCGUAUGGUGCUAAGGACUCUCAAGGAAGUCAAGUACUUGAAGGCUUUGCCCAUUGAUCCACGUCCGCCUCCCAUGGUGGAUCUGGAAGAACUAGAAUUGGAAGUUGCCAAGGAAAGUCUCGUCUUGAAUGGACAAGCAUUUCAUCCUUCUGUCAUUGGUGUUGGCAACGAUGCAAGUGCUAAUGCUAGCAUGAUAUCCUCUCUGGCCGUGACGUUGUCUCCCGAUACUCUGUACUAUGAUCUCUUGUGUCGUCUCGCCCGUACCAUCACUUCCUCCGACUGCUAUGCCAAGCUUAAUGAAAUUCUAGGAAGUCAUGAACUCAACUUGAUGAAUGCCAGCGCCGAACGCAAACCCAAAAUCAAAAAGGGCAAACCUGGUUUUGUCAGUGACACUCCGCCUAUUGAGAUCAACAUCUUUGAGGAAGGCGGCAACAUUCAUGCGCACAUUGUGACUACGUUGGGAUUUGGUUUGUACCGCAAACUGGACGUCAACACAGGACGACCCUGGAUCAAAAUGCAGGUGGAACUCAACGAACGCAUGAACUUUUCAUCUGGCAGUCAGGUCCGGCAUAUCACCAUUCAUUGGCCCGAUAUGUACGUCUAA